CGGUCUCCCCCUGGCUGGGUCCUCCUUGGGCGGGGCAGGGCCGGCCGGGGAGGGGGCGCGGGGCCUUUGUUAGGGAGCCAGGCCCCAGCCCCCGGGACAAUAGAGACACCUUCCCGGACUCUUUCCCCGGCCGGUCCGGGCUCUGGGCUGGCGGCGACCGAGAGGGGUCGGGACGCGUCCCACUCUGCCUUACUCUCUGGGGGUCGGUCUGUCCCGGCCCGCCGCCGGCCUUGGGCGGCUCGGCUCUCCUCCCCCCAGUCGGUAUGAUGCAGCAGCAGUGCCGCAAGGACGGGAGAAGAGCCGCGGCACGGCCUGCUACCCUUCCCAGUGCCCCCGGCUCGUUUGUCAGUCCCCACCCCACUCGAGGCCGGCAGCUCCUUAAACUCGUACCCACCGUUCAGUGGGGCCCCGGACUGUGGGCGCUGUUUCUGAAUCCUACGGUGGGGAUUUCUGGACUUUGGGGCUCUUGGACAGACUUCCGGGCUGGUCCUGAGGGAGGGAGGGUGCGAUCUAAAAGAACAGGUAAGGGGAGUGCCCACUCCUCGAGUGUGCUUGCCACGGGGCUCUCCUCUGCUCCUGUCCGUGCUGGCUGGAAAUGCCCUUUGCCUGUAGGCUUCUGUGGGCUGUUCCUCUCGCAGAGCGGCAGGCUUAUUUUAAGAGAAGGCAGUGGGGUGAAGGUGGUAGGGUCUGAGGGCCAUUCCUACUUCUGGUAGCAGUACCCCCCCAAGUGGACAUCCUGGCUGAAAGCAGAGCCGUGUUGCCGCCCGCUGUGCUAUGAGCAGUCAGAGCGCCGUCUCCACAAGAGUUUACAAAUGAAAAUGGAGGAAAUGUCUUUGUCUGGCCUGGAUAACAGCAAACUAGAGGCCAUCGCUCAGGAGAUAUAUGCGGACCUGGUCGAGGAUUCUUGUUUGGGAUUCUGCUUUGAGGUACACCGGGCUGUCAAGUGUGGCUACUUCUUCCUGGAUGAUACGGAUCCUGAGAGCAUGAAGGAUUUUGAGAUCGUGGACCAGCCUGGGUUGGACAUCUUUGGACAGGUUUUCAACCAGUGGAAGAGCAAGGAGUGUGUCUGCCCCAAUUGCAGCCGCAGUAUUGCUGCGUCCCGCUUUGCCCCCCACCUGGAGAAGUGCCUGGGAAUGGGUCGGAACAGCAGCCGAAUCGCCAACCGUCGGAUUGCCAAUAGCAACAAUAUGAACAAGUCUGAGAGUGACCAGGAAGACAACGAUGACAUCAAUGACAACGACUGGUCCUAUGGCUCAGAGAAGAAAGCCAAGAAGAGAAAAUCAGACAAGCUAUGGUAUCUCCCAUUCCAGAACCCUAAUUCCCCUCGAAGAUCCAAGUCUUUAAAACACAAAAAUGGGGAACUUAGCAACUCCGAUCCGUUUAAGUAUAGCAACUCAACUGGGAUCAGCUAUGAGACCCUGGGGCCGGAAGAGCUGCGGAGCCUGCUCACCACGCAAUGUGGAGUGAUUUCCGAACAUACCAAGAAGAUGUGCACAAGGUCACUACGCUGCCCUCAGCACACGGAUGAACAGAGGCGAACCGUACGGAUUUAUUUCCUUGGGCCCUCAGCCGUCCUUCCAGAGGUCGAGAGCUCCUUGGAUAAUGACAGCUUUGACAUGACUGACAGCCAGGCCCUCAUCAGCAGGCUUCAGUGGGACGGCUCUUCUGAUCUCUCACCUUCUGAUUCAGGCUCCUCCAAGACUAGUGAAAAUCAAGGAUGGGGUCUAGGUACCAACAGCUCCGAAUCACGGAAAACCAAGAAAAAGAAAUCCCAUCUGAGCUUGGUAGGGACUGCCUCCGGCCUGGGCUCCAACAAGAAGAAAAAGCCAAAGCCACCGGCUCCCCCGACGCCCAGCAUCUAUGAUGACGUCAACUGACUUGGGUGCAAGGGAUAGCCUUUGGCUGAGAGAGCCCUCUCUCCCGACCCCCACCCAGGCGGCAUAGCCUGGCAUACGGACAGCUGCUGGGGGUUUGGGCUUGGGAAGCUUGGUGGGCCAGGCAGGCAGAGGAUCCAGUUAUGUGCCCCUGGGGGGCGUCAGGGUCCUCUGCAACGAAGCAUGACCCCUCGGCGUGCAGGACUCAGACCUGGACAUAUUAUGCCUUGGACAUAAGUUUGGUGGGGAGGUGGUUUUCCUAUUUAUUCUGUGAGUUACUGGAUGUCCAGCUAGGCUGGGGGCCUGACCUGGGCACUGUGCCAGGGCACUGCCUGCUCCCCACCCCAGGAACUGGACUGAGUCCUGCCGAGGGGCAUUGUGGCUACCCAGGCAGCUUUGGUUUGGAAGCUGAGCCCAGAGGGGGCCUCCCCUGGCUGCCCUCAGCAAUGUGAAUGGGUCCGGUGCUUGGAGCUGAGGGGCAGGGCUGGUGUGUCCUGUCUGUGUGCAGAGUCCUAUCAGAUGUCCCCAGUCCCCGGGGUCAGCAGGCAGAGUGCUGUCUGCUGAGGUGGGCGUCCAGAACUGCCUCACGGGGCAGCCCUUCCCUCAGUCCCCAUGGGCCUCCUUGGCAGCAGGAGCUGUUCUUUUGUUGUUGGGGGCCAGGAAGGGCCUCCAGCCUCUACAGCUUCAAGGACUGGGAAGGGGAGGGUAGGAAGAGGGAGCCUGUGUCAGAGCGGCCCCCUGCCCUCCCUGCCCCAGGGCUGUGAGGACAGCCAGGUGAGAGGGACGGUGCUGCUCUAUUGAAAUGUUUCUUACCUCAUUCCCUGCCCCAGGAAGGGGCCCAGCCUCACCCUCCUGGGGUGGCCCCUGUUCUCCCCCAUUCUGCCCCCCAGCCCUGCCCUGCUGGGGCAGCCUGAGUUCCCAGCUGCUGCUUGCCGCCCCUUACCUUGACCAGCUUUGGUUCCUCUCAGCGCUCCCGCCUCUAAAGCCUGCCCCGUUCCCUCCCUUGCCGCUUUUAAGUUAUUUAUUCUGUACUUGUGGUUUGGGGCUCUGAGGAAAACCCUAAUCUUGUGCCUCUCUCCCUUUGCUAGGAGUAGGGUGGGAUGAGAAGGUAGUCUCUGCCCUCGGUUGUCAACGGAGGUUGGCUGGGUGCGGUUGCCCCUCUGUGGAACUGUCAUGCCAGGGCACCCACCUACCUGGCUUACAUCCUGAAGAGAUGUACUGUCCCACCUGCCAAGUAGGUGGUAUGCCUUGGAACUGAGCUGGAGGACCUGGGCAUGGGCUGGAGUACAGCUGACUGACAGGAACGGGGUUGACCCUGAGCCAAGUUUCCGGCACUUGCUAUACAUGUCCCCUCUGUUCCCAGGAGGAGGCACUCCCACAUUGGGUAGCUAGUACCCAGGACUGGUUGGACUGAUUUGGGUUAGGGACCCUAGAGGGUUAAGGGAACAACAGAGUUAGGGUUGCAGUACCCUGUCUGGAACCCCAGUCUCCCCCUGGGGUGGUUCUGAUUGUGGCUGAUGCCUGGUUACAAAUUGAUUUUUAACCCAAGCAUUGUGAUUAUUUUUUAAAAAGUCAAACCAAUUUUGGCAGGAGUUAGAAUAAAUCCUGGGGCCUGGGCUCCUCUGUCCUUGGCCCUCUACAGCCUUCUCCCUUGAGGGGAAACUAGAGGGGCAGAGCAGGUUCUUCGGCUGCCUCCAAGCACAGGCUUGGGAGCCUGCUGAGGGUCAGGGGACGCCGGCCCAGGCGAAGUAGCUGCAGCUCAGGCCAACUCACUCUGCUCUCCCACCUCCCCUCUCCUCUGGUUGGAAGGGGUAGUUCGGGAACUGGUUUGUCCACAAAACACUUCCCUAUUGUUCCUUGGCUCACCCUCAGGGCAGAGCCCCCUGCCCAGGCUGGGUAAGAGAUGGGCUUGGUCCAGCAGGGACCCUGAGGGAACAAACCCCUUCCUUCUGGGGAGUAUGCCCCCCUACCGUGUAGUUGAACGGGGCCAGGAACUCCCCACUCCCUCUUACA